AUGCCGUGCUGUGCCGCAGGGGGAUCCGAUGGGUCCAGGCUGUACGACUGCGUGUGGAGGUACAACUCCAGCGUGAACGAGUGGACGGAGGUGUCUCCCAUGCUGAAGGCCAGGGAAUACCACAGCUCCACAGUGCUGGACGGGCUCCUGUACGUGAUCGCCUCGGACAGCACGGAGCGCUACGACCACGCUCUGGAUAGCUGGGAGGCCCUGCAGCCCAUGCUGUACCCCAUGGACAACUGCUCCACCACCUCGUGCCGCGGUAAGCUGUUUGCCAUCGGCUCCCUGGCUGGCAAAGAGUCCAUGGUGAUGCAGUGCUACGACCCCGACAGCGAUCUCUGGACCCUCGUGAACUGCGGCCAUCUGCCCCCCUGGUCCUUCGCCCCAAAGACCGUCACCCUCAACGGCCUCAUGUACUUCAUAAGAGACGACUCGGCUGAGGUGGACGUUUACAAUCCAGCGAAGAAUGAAUGGGAUAAAAUCCCUGCCAUGCUUCAGGUCCACGUUGGGGGCAGCGUGGCCGUGCUCGGCGGGAAGCUCUACGUCUCCGGUGGCUACGACAACACCUUUGAGCUCUCGGAUGUCCUGGAAGCCUAUGACCCCGAGACACGGACGUGGAGCGUGGUGGGCCGGCUCCCAGAGCCCAUCUUCUGGCACGGCAGCGUCAGCAUAUUCCGGCAGUUCAUGCCGGAAACCACGCAGGAGGAUGAUGGCAUCACGCUGGACAACACCAUCAACUUGAACAGGCAGCACCAGAACCUUCACAACCAGAACCUGAACGAGCUGCGUUAG